GAAAACCUUCACUCGCGUUAAUCCACAAAAGAGGAAAGGAACUUAUUCCACGCGUUAAUUGAGAAAUGUUGCCGUUGUUAUUGUGCCUGUUGUGCAUGGCGAGUGGUGUUCUGUCAGUUUGCCACCCAUACUUUGGACCGCCGGGCGGCGUAGUAUGCAUUGCAGCUCCCCAGUACUAUAAUCAGUAUCAGUGGGCCACCUGUCUAACGGAUAUGUACAUUAAGGUGAAAAGUGGUCACCGACAUCAGUGUAUUAGCCGCAGUCGUACUUACUGCUAUUACCAGUGCAUGCUGGAGAGUUUUGAAAAAUCGUCUGGAACUGUGAACAGUCAGUGUUCUUGCCGACCUGGAGACCGCAAACCACACCAAAACAUCCAAUCAUCAGCUUGCCUCAGCCCGUCUGGUGAGUCAUGCAACUGGUACCGCGAUUGCCUGGAAAAGAAGAAAUCCUGUCAGGACACCACAAAUGGAUACGCCAUUAGGUACUCCGAACGUUUCUGCAAAAUGUAUGAUAGAAAUAAACUCUGGUUUUCGUCAAAAGCACAGCGCUGGAUCCACGCAGUUCGCAAGUGUCUACAAGUUACUCUGGUGCCAUUACUUCGUCCAUGGCGCUCGCCAUCUUGCCUGGAAAUACGUAGAGAAGCACUUCAGUCGCACACCAAGUGCUAUAUCAAUCCCGAUGCCAACAUACCUUCAGUGUGCGAUUUGAGUUGUGUAGAGUUCUAUAAGAUCUUUUAUGCUAUAAAAGCCGGAUACUUUGGGAGACUUGAUACUGCAUGGGAAUCGUUUAAGAGUUUGUGGAACAUCCAAGACAGAUGUGGAUCGAAGUGUACUCGAGACUGGUUUACACCACAAAACAAUACCAUCAUCAGGAUGAUGAAGAUGGGAAUUGAAAAAGUGAAAAGUCGACCACACAAAACUUCUCUUCCAGAAUCAGACAUGAAUAAUAGGUUUGCUGACCAGGUUGUCACAUUUAUUUCCAAAUCCUUGAGAUGGAAUUCAGCAAUCAUGGACUGGAUGGCUUACCCAGGAAGCACCUCGGCGAGUCUUUUUGUUGUUUUGGCCGACAAGAAAGCGUUAGGAAUAGUGCAAACCUCCAAUCCUCCAGUUAAUUUCAAUGACACCAUUACAGAGUUUGCCUUAGCCAUUGCGAACAGCUCAAUCCCAGUGCAAGUUGAUGGAACCAAUGUGUGGCUCAAGUCAUUAGAAUCCUGUUCUGACAAAACCUGCAGUCAGCCCAGGUCCCUAGUGAUUUCUUUGAAGCCUCCAACAUUUCCAGUUCAGUCAACUACAGAAAAGCCGUCAACUACAAAAAAGCCGUCAACUACAGGAAAGCCAUCGAAUACAGGAAAGAUUUCAACUGCAGACAAUCAAUCAGUUGAGUCAACUACAGAAAAGCCAUCAACUAGAGAGGAGAAACCUUCGCCAAAGGGUAUUAAGAGUAAUGGUGGUAAGGUGGAGAAAGGAUUGUUGCUAGGUAUCGGUUGUCUUAGUAUCAUUACAUUGUGGAUGCAAGGCUAAUGAGAUGGUUAUGAUAUGCGUAGAAUUACGAUACGAUAUUUUAAAAGCAAUCAUAAAGUGCUCACAUAAUCAAUAAGUUGAACAUACUAAAAAAGAUAAAAAUGCAGAAUCUUGACUCUUCUUCAGUUACUUUCUUCCUCUUCCUCAUUCUCCUUUGCUUCUCAUUCUUCUCGUUCUCUUACCUUCAUUCUUCUUCUUCGUCAUCGUUUUCUAAAGAUUAUACUCUGAGACCAAAGCAAAUUUUUACAUUUGAAUUUUCUAAGUUAACGAAAAAUUAGUUGUAAACCCAAUCUCCACAUCCCGUGUCGUGAUCAUGAUGUAAACUAUACUUAUCAAUCCAUUGCUUUAAAUUAAUUCAUUACUAUUGUUAUAUUCAGCUGUAAAGUGAUAUUUUGGAAAUAUCAUAAUUUAGUGCUACUCAUUGUGAUAGAAAGCAAUAUUAAUCAAUUGCACAUUAUUUCAAUAAAUGAUACUUUCCAAACUAU